AUGGAGAAAUCCUCCCUCCCGGAGAGCAAUUCCUCAUGUGCGGAUGGGCCCACGGACUGCGCCAGCAGAGGGGAUGGGGGGUUGAAUAUGUCUGCUCCCCCAGUGAGCCCCAGCUUCUACAUCACGGUGCCUGUCGUCUACUCUAUCAUCUGUGCCGUGGGGCUGACAGGCAACACCGCUGUCAUCUAUGUAAUCCUUAGAGCCCCAAAGAUGAAAACAGUCACCAACAUCUUCAUCCUCAACCUUGCCAUUGCUGACGAGCUCUUUACCUUGGUGCUACCCAUCAACAUUGCUGACUACCUGCUCCUGCAGUGGCCCUUUGGAGAGUUCAUGUGCAAGCUCAUCAUCUCCAUAGACCAGUACAACACCUUCUCCAGCAUCUACUUCCUCACUGUCAUGAGCAUUGACCGCUACCUAGUUGUGGUGGCCACCACCAAGUCCAGGAAGAUGUCCUACCGCACCUACCGAGCAGCCAAGAUUGUGAGCCUCUGCGUCUGGUCCUUCGUCACAGUCAUCAUCCUGCCUUUCACUGUCUUUGCUAAGAUACACAAGGAGCAGGGGCGCUCCCAGUGCGUCUUCGUGUUCCCCCACCCUGAGAGUGUGUGGUGGAAAGGCAGUCGGAUCUACACCCUUAUUUUAGGCUUUGCCAUCCCAGUGUCCACCAUAUGCAUCCUCUACACCACCAUGCUGUGCAGAUUGAGACGUGUGCACCUCCAUAGCAAUGCAAAAGCCCUGGACAAAGCCAAAAAAAAAGUUACGUUGAUGGUUGUUGUUAUCUUGGCUGUGUGCCUGCUCUGCUGGACGCCCUAUCACCUUAGCACAGUGGUGGCCCUCACCACAGACAUCCCGCAAACUCCACUGAUCAUUGGGAUUUCCUAUUUCAUCACUAGCUUGAGUUAUGCCAACAGCUGCUUCAACCCUUUCCUGUAUGCCUUUCUGGAUGACAGUUUCCGGAGGAGCUUUCGCAAACUGAUAGAUUGCAGAAACACCUCAUAG